AUGGAUGAAUAUAAUUAUGAUGCAUGGAGAGAGCUCUUCGAAACCCAUUGCCUUAGCUUUGGCCUUAUGGGUCAUCUGGACGGCACAACUCAAUCGACCGGAGAAGAAGACACAUACUGGGCUCGGAUUGACGGUUUAGUGAAACUGUGGAUCUAUGGCACGAUUUCUAAAUCGCUGCUCACUACCGUACUCAAGAAGAAAAGUACUGCCCAUGCCCUGUGGACAAGACUAGAGAACCAAUUCUGUGACAACAAGGAGGCCCGUGCCAUCCAACUCGAAAAUGACCUCCAUAACCUCACCAUUGGAGAUUUAGCCGUGCAUGAAUACUGUCACAGAUUGAAGAAAAUUUCGGAUCUCUUAUCCAACAUCGACGCGGAAGUUUCCGAUCGAAAUCUCGUUAUGCACAUGCUCAAUGGCUUGAAUGAAAAGUUCGACAACAUAGUCAACGUCAUCAAGCAUAAGUCACCAUUCCCAUCAUUCGAAGACGCACGUUCCAUUCUCAUUCUUGAGGAACAGAGGGUCAGCAAAACCACGAGACAUCAACCCAUUCAUACAGACCACUCUUCUGCUCCGACGGCUUUAUACACGACCACACAACCAUCUUAG